AUGGGAGGUCAAAUGAAAACAGAGAAUGAGAGUAGGAAGAGAAACCCCAACAACACAGAUGGGGUGGUGAUCACAGUGUACAAGGAAUCAGUGAGAAGUCGUUCCAGAAGAAGAGUAUCAGAUGAUAAAACAAAGCCACGUGGCAUUGGGCAUGAUCGUCGGGCUCUGCUUCUUACUCACUCUCUAGAGCUAAGAAAUGCAUGCUCUCAAAAGGUUCCAUUGCCCAGAACCAAAACCAAGGUAAUUGAUUGUCUUUCUGCCUUUUGCAUUCGUGUGGUGAGGGAUGCUAAAACUGUGUCUUGUUUUAGUUCAUCAAUUUCACAGAGUAAAAUUAAUAACGCCUUGAAGAAGCUGUCGUGCAAAGAAAUGUAG